UUCCCUCUCCCUCUCGAUUUUCUCAGAACCAAACAACAUAUAGGCUUUGCGGUCCCGAUCUCUCUGCGUCAAAUGGAAAGAUCGCGGGUUUAGGAUUCGUUGGCCGCUUCAGCAGCUUGGUCCCACUCCAACAAUGGCGGCUAAACUGCCGGUGGAGCCUGAGAAGGCCAGCCCCUGCUGCGCUGCGUGGCAGAAGAAGUAUAUGAAGAGUGAGAAGCUGCGGAAUCAUCUCCGGGAAGCUGUGAAUAUUCUUCAGAAGGGGACUGAGGAGAUUCAGGCACAGCAUUCUACUCUCAAGAAAGAAUAUGAGGAGUUGCGACGGCUGGCAGAUAUUGAGAAAGAGGAGAAAGGGAAAGAAUCUGCUGCAAGGGUCUCUCUGGAGAACGAGGUGUCUGAGUUGAAAUCUGAGAUACUUUCUCUCAAGCAGCGAGAAGGUACAGACUCUCAAGAUAAAGAUGAAGUGAAGCUUCUUAAAGACCAGGUUUCCAAACAGGGACAAGAGAUUAGUCAUCUGAAGGAUCUGAUUGAGAUAGAGAAGAAAAGAGCAGAUUCAGAAAGUAAGAAAGCAGAAGCAGAGAAGAAAAAGGCUGCCGAAGCACAAAAAAGUAUGAAAACUGAAAAAAAGAAGGCGGAUGAAGAAAGGAAGCGUGCCAAUAUUGAAGGGGAGAAGGCGGAGAAUUAUAGGCUUCAGUUGGAGGUUGUGGAGAAAGAAGCUGCUGAUGCAAAAUCUCAUUCUGAAGUGGAAAAGGAGAUUAGUUGUCUCAAGGAGCUUAUUGAGAGAGAGAAGAAAAGAGCAGAUUUAGAAUGUAAGAAAGCAGAAGCAGAGAAGAAAACGGCUGCAGAAGCACAAAAAAGUAUGAAAAUUGAGAAAAGGAAGGCUGAUGAAGAAAGGAAACGUGCCAAUACUGAAGGAGAGAAGGCAGAGAAUUAUAGACUUCAGUUGGAGCUAUUGGAGAAAGAAGCCGCUAAAGCAAAAUCUCAUUCUGAAGUGGAAAAGGAGAUUAGUAGUCUGAAGGAUCUUAUUCAGAAAGAGAAGGAAAAUGCAGAAUCAGAAAGUAAGAAAGCAGAAGCGGAGAAGAAAAAGGCUGCUGAAGCACUGAAAAGUAUGAAAACUGAAAAACGCAAGGCUGAAGAAGAAAGGAAACGUGCAAAUAUUGAAGGAGCGAAGGCUGAGAAUUAUAGGGUUAGGUUGGAGGCAUUGGAGAAAGAAGCUGAUAAGGUGAAAUCUGGUUUGGCUUCUAAAAUUUUGAACCUUGAAGCAGCAAACAAAAUGCUUGAAACAGAAAGACAGAAGGUCGUGAAGGAGAGAGAAUUUGCAAAUUCUGAGAUGGCAAAAGCUGAGGAACAGAGGAAGUUUGCUGAAGCCAAUAGGCAAAAGAUCAUUGAAGAAAAAUCUCGUUCUGAAAGUUUGUCUCUGCAAUUGGUAGACUGUAGAAAGAGGGUUGAUGAGUUGCAGAAAGAGCUAAACGGAAUUAGGUGUUCAACAAUAUUGCAUGCGAAUUUUGGGGUCAAACCAGAUGGUAAUAGAAUUGACACUUCCAAAGAGUUUUCAAACUUGGAGGAAGCAAUCAAAAGAGUCGAAGUUGAAAAGCAGAAGGCAUUGAAGGAGAAGAAGCGCGCAGACUCAGAGGUGAUGAAAACUCAAAAGCAGAAACAGCUUGCGGAAAUAAAUAUGAAGAAGGCAGCUGAAGAAAAAUCUCGUGCUGAUCAUCUUUCUCGGCAGUUAGAUGAAGCUAAAAAACAGAUUGAGGUAUUGUCAACUAGAAACUUGAUUGAGGUGUCUGCUGUUCAUCAACUUGCCAAAGGUAUGGGUGCUGAUAGUGCGAAGGUGAAACUUUUAAAGAAACAGCUUAAGCUUGAGAAAAUGCAUAGAAAGUAUUCUGAGGAAGUGGUCAAGGUCAACCUGGAAAGAAGUCGCAACCAUAUCCUACAUCAAGAAUAUGGUCGCUUGAAGUUGGAUGUUGAUCAAAUUUCACAGCGGUUGGAUAUGCUUAAUAACUCGUUUUGCUAUAAUGCCGAAGGUAUAGAUGACCAUGAAAAGAGUUGGAAUAUAAUGAAAAAGCAACGGUUAAGCAACAAGAGUUACCAAGGGCUAGAAUCUUCCCAGGUGAAUGAAACUGAAUUUUUGAAACCUGCCUGCCCCGUUUUGGAUGCAUCAGAUCCUUUCAGGGAAGACAUGCAACAUACAGGACCUUAUCCUCCAUUAUCUGGAGGAAACUGCACUGGAUCUAUUUCAGGUAUUGAUUCUAAAUUAGAGUCUCCUAGAGGCUCUAGGAGAAACAUGUUACAGAGUUCUGCAAUAAAUUCAAGUACAGCAUCUUUUUCUGAUGGACAGUUGGUGGGCUCACAGGAAAAAGGUGUGUUUUCUGUUACCGUGCCAACAAAAUUGGUUGAGGAAAAUGUGCUACCAUCAUUAUCCAACAUGUCUACUGAGGUUGUUAAAAGAAAGUGCAAUGAUACAAUUGCCGUGGUGGCUGAAAACGCUGUCAAAAGUCCUGUAAGAACUGAUGGUAUUGGAAAAGUUAAUGAGCAUAGCAGAAAGAGAAAGAGGAUAAUAUAUGCAGUUGAAUCCAUUCAGAGUCUAUACUGUGAGGGUAAGAAGUUCCACCAGCAGGUAGAGGAGAAACUAUCUGAUCUGCAUUGUUUGUUGCGCAAGAAAAUAAAGAAAUCGGUUGAAGAGAGACUGCAUGGGAAGAGAGAAGCAGUUUCUGAAGGGAAAUGGGUAGUGGCGAGUAGUUUAGUCAGCAAUGAGCAAAAUAAAUCAGAUGUAUUUGUGAAUGAAUGUGCAAAUGCAUGCAGACAUGUUUCAAGUAUUGCGGAGGAGCUCAUUGGGACUGCCCAAGCAAGCAGAGAAUGCACAAGUGAUCUUGAUUUUAGUGAUAUGGCAAGUUUUGAUGAAGUAACAGAUGGAAAUUACCUGAAACUGUUGGAUCUGGACGAUGCUGCUGAGGAACAGCGCUAUAGGAUGGCAAUGGAAAUGCCAUUAUCUCCUACACUUCCCGAGAUUGAGGCUCAAGAUGUUGAAACUUCUCAUAGCGAUAGGAUCAAUUCUUUAAUGAAGGAAACCAUCUGUGACAGUUAUUCAAAUAAGAAUGGAAAUUGUGAUGAUUGUUGUGUCAUGCAAGGCCUCAGUGGGAAUGGCAUUGGUAAUUCUGCAGCAACGGGUAAACCUUGGGAUAUUGAGGUGGAGGAUGCUAGCGCUGAAGUGACACGUACUUCAAGUAGUAAAGCUAUGUUCCCAUUUGAAAAUCAUGGUGCUGCGGGUGACAAUAGUCUCAAGUAUCAUGUGUUGUUUUCAAACACUGAAGACAGCAGUAGCAUUUCUAGGGUAUUUAAUGCAUUUAAAACUUGUAUUGCACAGAGCAGUCUGGCUAUUCGUACAGAAUGGAUGGUGCGAGAUAUUCUGUUUGCUGUUAGAAGUGAAGAAAAACUUCUCCCCAAGGAGAAGGUUUGUGUAUUCAUGUCCUUGUUGCUGCUUAACUUCUCCUUUGCUUCUUCAAGUAAAUUCGGGAGCAUGUAUUGGGAAUCCAAACCCUGCUUGGAUUCUUUCGCUCGACAUGUGUGCUCAGUGAUGUGUAAUGGUGAUGGCAGAAGUAUAAUUUCGGAAUUUGGUUGUUUGGAUGAAUCACUUGGUGUCAUAGAGGAUUUCAUAAUGCAUGGGAGAGUUUUUGUCUGUAGGGAUGCACCUUCCAAGACAACGGUUGAGUCUCACUCUAGCAGCUCCCUGCUUGACAACAUAGAUAUAUCCCCUCGUCCAGCAUCAGCAGAUGAGCUGGUUGCAGGGAGCGUUGUACUGGCAUCACUAUGUGCAGCAUUUGAUCACAUUGGUUUUAUAUGUGAAACAUCCUGCAACAUUUUGCUGAUUAGGAGAUUAAAUUGUUCGUUAAUUCUGAAGAUGCUGCAUGUUUUUGCUCACUUUGGUGGCAAGAAGUUCUUCAACUAUAGCAACCAUACUUUAAUGACCGUCAUGAAAUCUGUCGUCACAUAUCUUGAGGGAGUAAGAGCUUCAAAUCCUGCUGAUUCUAGUGCAUCAGUAAGCAAUUGUGGAAUGGAGUUCUGUCCAUGUGUUGAGUGCCCAUUUUCUGAGGAUGCUGUCUCUGUAGAUACUGCUAUAUUAUUGCUUUUAGAAAAGCUCCAAAGUUUGAAUCAAGAUGUGGUGCAAUCAGUCAGUUCAAAUAGAGAGCGUUCACUGUGUGAUCUCCGCGAUGUGCUAUCGUUGGUGGAGUUGGUUGCGUUCAACAUGAGCUGGACAUGGACCAGUGUCAAUGUUAUUCCUCAGCUGAUGAAAAUGUUGGAACCAUGCCACGCCGAGAAUGUUAUCGCUGGAAUCGCUGUCCUCCUUGGUCAACUUGGGAGGUUUGGCGUCGAUUCUGUUGGCUAUGAAGAUCAAGGUUUGGAAUUCUUGAGGCAUAAGUUGUCUGUCAUUUUAAGUCGUGAAUCUGCAAGCAGUGCAAGUCUUCCUACUCAAAUUGCCACGGUCACUUCUAUGCUGAGUCUGAUGUCUUUUGAUUUCAAAACAAUUAUUCAGAAUAAUGUAAAUCCUUCCGUCACAACAAGUCAGUCUGAUCCAGCGCAGUCGAUAAGGAAGUGGUUUUCUUUGCUGCCAAAAAAGCAACAGGAAUUGUCAUUCAGCCUUCUGCAAGCUGCUAAUCUAGAGAGCUGAGAUACUUUCUGAAACUGCUGAGAUGCUUUGCGACCUGAAGAGAGGAACUCUUUUGUGCAUGUUGUAGCCGUAGACAUUUUUGUGGGCGGAUUCAGGUGAUUUUGGUCAAUUUUUUACCAGUUGAGUAGGGUUCAUGGCCAAAAGAGAGUAGGGUUAGUAUUUGUCCUUUAUGUUGAAGUAAUUGAGGAUUCAAAGACCGACGAGUGGAUAGUGUAUCCCUCUGUACAUAUUCCAUAGUCAACAAUUGCAAUGGCGCCGGUUUUGGCUCCUCAUCUCUAAAAUCUAAAGUGGUGAAUAGUGUAUGCUAUCUGAAUUGAAAAUUUUCAAGUAUUCACUAUAGUAAUUAAAAGUUACAAGAGGCAAGUUUCUAUUAGC